CUACUAACUAAACUAAAUUUAUAAUUAUUUAAAUCGAUUGCCAGCAUGUAUCUUGAGGGCUGUGAGAAGGCGGAACAGCAGACUUUGAUUACAGCAUUCAAAGAUAUAUCAGAAAACAUCAGGCAGAUCUUAAAACAAGCUCAUGAAGAUGUGGAAGAAAGUGUGGAGGACUUUGCUUCAAAAAAGAUCAGCAAACUUUUUCGGAUUGUUGGCAUUUACAGAAAAGCAUUUGAACAAUUGAAUGUAAAAACAAAAUCAGAGUUUGAAAGACAAGCUGAGCAUGUUUUUAGCGAUCAAACUGUUAGAGAAGAAUUUGAUGAGUUGUUGCAGAAUGAGAGAGAAUGGGACAUUUUUUUGGAAGAAAUAGACACAGCAUUGUCUUCAUCUCAUGAGGAUGUUUACAAAGAAGGAGAUACUUUCCCACUGUCCCAAGAGGUUGUAAAUGCCAGAACUAAUGAACGAUGUAGCUUAGAAACUUUUGCUCAGGACCAGCCAUUCCUUGUUUUGAUUUUACUCAGGCACUUCGCAUGAUUACCUUGACGAGACCAUUUGAAUGAAAUAUCAGCUAGAGAGGAAGAAAUAAUUCGUGCUGGUGGGAAAAUAUUAAUUGUUUCAUUUGGAGAGGAGAUUGGUGCUAAAAACUGGCUGAAAGAAACAGGAUGUCCUUAUGAUAUGGUAUUAGAUUCUGAGAGAAAAAUAUAUCAUUCCUUUGGCUUAUACAGGUCUGUAUUAAAGGUAUGGAAUACAGCGUGCAUGGUUUAUUAUGCUGAACAAUUAGCACUUGGAAGACAGCUACCUAAACCAUUGGCUAAUAUUCACGAUGACCCACAGCAGAUGGGUGGAGAUUUUAUUCUAACCAAAGAUGGUGUUGUGAAAAUGGCUUACUGUAGUCAAGUAGCCAGUGACAGACCAAGUGUGGAUCAUUUACUAUCAAAACUCAAACAAGAAACAUCAAUAGAACGUAAAGCACACAAGUCUUUUCUCUAAAGCAGAUAUUUCAUUUGACCCCUGGACUUAACAAUGACUCUUUUAUAAAUGAAAGAAACAGAUCAAACCAGUCAAACCUGGCAUUUGUUUCUGGACCAAUACCAAAAGAGUAAAACACCAGUCCCACUUCUUAUGGGCAUAAUUAAAAUUCUCGCACAAAUAAAAUUCCAAACUGUACAUAGUUAAUUAAAUUAUUUUCUUUGUUGAUUUUCACAGCGGUCCCACUUUUUAUGGGCAUAUUAAAAUUCUCGCACAAAUUAAAUCCCAAACUGUACAUAAUUAAUUAGAAUUUUCUUUAUUGAUUUCACAUAUGUCCCCCUUCUUAUCGGUUUUAUAAUAAAUUCUAACACAACAAUCUCAAAACGGUACAAAGAAAUUAAUUGCAAUUUUUAAAUUGAUUUUCAUAUUUUUACACAACAUGCAAGUAUCAUCCUUUUUUUCUUCUUAAAACAAUUUUUUUUAAUAAUAAAGAUUUUUAAUUUAAAUAAUUUAAAAGUUUAUCAUUUUAAGUAUAAAUAAUUUUGUAUUUUAGCCAAACAGUUUAGUUGUUUAGAACUUUAAGGCUCUAAUUUUGUUGUAGCAUGAUUAUUGAUUGUUUACGGCCAUCAACAGUAUUAGUAGUCAUCAAGCUGUAGAGCUUGAAUGGUCAUAUGAAUGUGAUCUUACUGCAACAUGUUAUAAAAGUGGAUUUUUUUUACAAAGUUUUUAUUACUUCACAUUUUGAAAAAACAUGAUUGAAUUUAAAAUAAAAAUAGUUAAAAAACGUUUUAGCAAUGGCUACUUAGUAUGCAGAUUGUUGCUUUAGCAUGGUUUCUCUGCGGCUUUUUUUCUGUUAUCAGAACCUGAAUAUGGCAUUUUUAUUUAUUUUGUCACUAAUACAUUCCUCAUUAAAAUUCCUUUUAUUCAGAGGUUAAAAUGUGUUUGAAAAUAUUCUGUGUAUUUUGGGUUGAAGAUUAUUUACAGUGGAGGACAAAUGCAGUUAGAGCAGAUACAUUUUGUGUGACACUAUGGUUGAGAUGAGAUAGCAAGAAAGUGCCAUAAGAUGAUACAAUGAUAUGACACAAAGUAUCAGAUGUUGUGCCAAGAUGUCUUAAUGUGUUGUCUAAGGACACAGUUGAAAGUUUCUGUGUGAGUAGCUUAGCUGUACAUAUCUUAAUAAAGUCACUAAAGCACCAUGCUUUCUUCAGUGUGUCAUAAUUGUUGUGAUGUAAUUUGUGUGAACAACAGAAUGCAAACCAAAAUAAACCACUGCAGGUUUGGACAUAGGUGAAUGAUG